CUAAUUCGUCUUAAAUUCAGUAUUCACUGGAUUAAGAGGGCCAACGGCUAAUAUGGUUUGCCCCAAAAUGAUCUGGUUAUUCUCCAUGUCUGGAAUUUUCCUGGCUAACAUUUCACAAUUUUUCAUAAUGAUGCGCAUCUAUCGACUGUGGAAUCACAAACAGACUGCACGCAGGGUGCUGCUCGUCGUGUUCGCUGCCUGCACAACAGGCACAUUUAUUUUAAAUGCCAUAACGGUUUUGACCUUUUUGGAGACACAAAUCAAGCUACCGCCCAAAGUGUUGGUUUGCAUGGUCGCCGAGGUACCGAAGACAUUACCUUCCACGAUGGGUAUCUUACUGUUAUUGGAUCUCUUUGUGAUUUUGGUCUUCGUCUACAAUGCUCUGGAAAACCCGCGUCGGUGUGAAAGCGAAGUCUUUGAUUCACUGCGGCGCGAUGGCGUAAGAAUCUAUUUGCUUGGCUCCUUCUUCUGGAUGCUGCUUUUGAUAACCUCUCUUACUGCAGGGAUUACAGUAUAUUUCCCCAUUUUGACUCUCGUAUGUUCUCUGAAGGCCAAUCUUACCUCUCGGAUACACCUUCGCGUAGAAAGUCUGAGACCGUCCAAUACUGCGCAUCCCGUCAGGGUAUAUACAGGAUAUGACGGCCAACAUCUGGGAUGUCUCUGUUGCUCUUCUCAGGGCACUUAAUGGCAAGUGCAGCGAUAAUAGAGGAAAUUCGCCCUAUAAUCAGCUGUUAGCGCACAAUUACCUGGAGAUAAGGAGGUAAGUUCCAGGAGGCCAGGAUCCCAUCGGACUGGAUAUUGCCGCUAGAGUGAUGUGGGUUUUACAUAUGUGAUAAUGAUUUUUGUAGUAG